CCUCUGCGUCUCGAUGUCAAGCGUAAACUGUCGGCACGCUCUGAUCGCGUGAAAUGUGUCGACCUUCACCCUACUGAACCCUGGAUGCUUGCCAGUCUCUACAAUGGCCACAUCCACGUUUGGAAUUUUGAGUCACAGCAACUCAUCAAGACAUUUGAAGUCUGUGAUUUGCCAGUUCGAGCUGCCAAGUUUGUCGCUAGAAAAAACUGGCUUAUUUCAGGAUCUGUAA